AUGACAGAUUCGGAGCGAUCUCGGCGUACGGAAAACUGGAUUCCCACAUCCACCCGAGGCGGCGUCUACUACUGCCCCAGAUAUCUUCUCGAUCCUCCCGCUACACAACAAAAUCGCCUACCGACGCCGCCCAUUCGCGCUCGCCAAGUAAGACCGCGAUCAAUACACAUCACCUCGUGGCCCUCGGGCUUUGUACCCCACGAAUUACGGCCACAACUAGAGCGCCCCGUCAAGAGGAGGAAACCGUCAAAAGCUGUAUCCCCAACUACAACGGCGUUGGGAAAGACUUCAUUGAAGUUCAGCAUCAAGCAGUUCUUCUCCCUCUCUCAAAAACAAGUGCCGAGUCGUUCUACGUCACGCGCAUCCACACUCUCCAGGCCUACGCUCUCGAGGCCACCCAGCAGAGCUGCGAGCAUCCUCAAUCGACUCUCUACCUACCGUGAAGUAGAUUUGGUGGUUCCGGACGAAGACACAAUGGCGCUACGAUCUGCUGCCAUGGCGGAGGCCCUACGGCCGCCUUUGAUGAGCUCUGCAUACAACGCACCCGGGCAGCGAAAUAGCUUGAUGUCAGUACGGAGCGCAAAAAGCAACGUAACAUCAAUGGUUACCGAGAUCCCCAAGCCUGUCGCCCACGGUAGCGGCGUUAGCUGCUCGAUCUUGAUGGCGGAACCGAACAUUUUCCUCACUGGAUUCGACCAUGAUGGCCACAGACAACACUCACAAGGUGGCACAGCUCUCCUGCGCGGAAAGCUCCAAUUGAAGGUCACGAAGAACAUCAAGAUCAAGGGUGUGAGCUUGAAGUUGGUGGGCAAGGCACGCACCGAAUGGCCCGAAGGAAUUCCUCCCUUGAAAGUCGAUCUGUACGAGGAAGAGUCACUGCGCACGCAGGUUUUGACCUUUUUCAACGCCGUGAACGACGGGUGGGAGACCGAGUACGGCAACCAGUGUGUCUACACAUUGAAGAACAGCUCCACGAACUCCUCUUCAACCAACCUCGCCUCCAGCUCACCCCGCAAUUCGAUGUCGCCUUCGCUACUCUCAAUACCGCCCAACCGACAGGGUCUCACGGCCAAGGAGUUGAAGCGUCUGUCUCUGCAGUCAAAUCAGUCAAGAAGCUUCGGCAAGGGCGACAACCCGAGUGGCAACCAGGCAAAGGGUUACAAGGUGUUUUACCCAGGCACGUACGAGUACACCUUUGAGCUGCCCAUCGACCACCAUCAGUUGGAGACAACUAAGCUCCAGUAUGGCUCGGUGAAGUGGGAGCUGCAGGCAACCGUCGAGCGAGCUGGAGCAUUCAAGCCGAACUUGCACGGAUCCAAGGAAGUCGCCAUCGUUCGCGUACCAGAUCAACUCUCACUCGAAAUGACGGAACCCAUCUCGAUUAGCAGACAAUGGGAGGAUCAACUCCACUACGACAUUAUCAUUUCGGGCAAAUCUUUCCCCUUGGGCACCAAGAUCCCGAUUGCCUUCAAGCUCACGCCGCUUGCCAAGGUUCAGGUUCACAAGCUCAAGGUUUUCGUCACCGAGUCGAUCGAGUACUGGACCAACGACCGCAGGGUUACUCGCAAAGACCCGGGCAGGAAGAUCCUCCUGCUCGAGAAGACUGCCGGCAAGCCAUUGGAGCCUGCCUAUGCGUCGUCGGAUGUUCGCGUGCUCAAUGGUGGUGAGCUCACGCCCCGCCAACGCCGGGAGGCCCGGGAAUCUGCAGCUAUGCGGCGCGCAGCCGAUGCCUCCCGACACGGCGUGAUGCCUGAGCCUCUUCCCGAACCGGUGGACAACAUUUUGGGUGAUUUGGAUCUUGGGCUGGAGAGCUACUGGGGGUCUACCGAGAUCGAAAUGAACGUUCAAUUGCCGACUUGUGAGACCAUGGCCAAGAGCAAGGAGAUGCGUUUGCAUCCUGAUUGCAGUUGGAAGAAUGUCAACGUGUACCACUGGAUCAAGAUCGUCAUGCGGAUUUCCCGCCUCGACCCUGAGGAUCCCACCGGUACCAAACGCCGUCACUUUGAGAUCAGCAUCGACUCACCGUUUACGGUACUCAACUGCCGCGCCACUCAGGCCAACACCUCCCUCCCCGAAUACUCAGGCCCCGACGUGGGCUUGAACCAAAGCCGUCACACUUCCUGCGGCUGCCCCGAUGCUGUCACCAUCUCUGGCCCCUCUGAGGGCUCACCUAACAACCUAUCGACCGGCGCUCUCACCGUCAUGGAGGCGCCUGGCAACCUUCCUGCGCCCCCGCAAGCCGCUCAUCUUCCCUCCUCACCGCAACCUACAACCGGCGGCACCGGCACCGGCCGGUCGUCACCGCCGAACUCCCAGACAUCGGUCGACCCGCUCGCCGACACGCACCCCCGACCCAUUCACCUACUUCGCGUGCCCUCUUACAACCCGCCCGCGUUUGACGCUGAAAUCCCCCCACCGCCCGCCGAGAACGACCAAUUCCCGCUGCAGACACCCCCGCCUCAGUAUGAUGUCAUUGUCGGCACGCCGAGCGUCGACGGCAUGGCGGACUACUUUGCGCGGCUCGCAGACUACGGCUACGACGAACCCGAGGAAGACUCUGACUCGGAUGAAGGUCCUGCCCGUAUUACGGAGCGCGGAGGGCGUGUCAAUGUCGCGCAUCCCCGCACGCCCGGCGGCAGACGCGCUCCCAGCCGCAGCAUGGAGAUCCAACGCCCCCCCGUCGAGCUGAGAAUGGACGCUCUGCCUACCCUUCGACGGGAUGGAGUCCACCCGCAAAUCAACUGA